GUGGAGGAGGAGGUGGUCAGGAAGGUGGUAGAGGUGGUGGAGGCGGUGGUGGUGGAGGAGGAGGUGGUAAGGAAGGUGGUGGUGGUGGCGAGGGAGGUAGAGGUUUUGGAGGUGGAGCAGGAGGUGGCCAAGAAGGUGGUGGAGGAGGUGGUGGAGGGAAAGAACAAUGUAAGUAUAUGUAUUAUUGGCCUCUACAUUACGCAUAGAACCUGCAUAAGAGGUCUGAUCAGCGACAUCUUGAAAUACUCAUGCGUGCAUUAAUUAGGAUUUAAAACACUCCAUUUAGGCUUAACUGGCGGCGAUACUAUGCGAGAUAACAGGUGGGAUAAAGUCUUCAUAUCAGUAGCGUAGCAGGCGAAAUGGAAGGGGAGGAGAGAUGUGUGACGUCAUCAAGAUAUCGCUGUGCGUGUACUGCGAUCAGGUGCAUGCUGCCCCAGAAUCUGGGGCAUCUCAGAGCCCCGGGAAGGCAAUCAAAUUUGCUAGCUGAAUAAGAAAUGGUCCGUAACAAUCACUUAGCAAAACAGUAAACAAGGCAUUGUGAAAAGCAUAAAACUUGCUUGCUAAGGAAGCAUAAAUAUAAGUUGGACGCUACAUUGUGCGCAAUACCACCCUCCCAAUAUUUCUCAACGGAUUUAAAUAUCUCUCGGAGCUGGUUAUAAACCAGAACGGAGGGGAGGGGGGUUGUCCCUCCGUUCUCCUUAUUUUACUUUUCCUGGAACAAUAACACUCAGUCAUUUGGCAGUUAAAAAGUGAAGCCUCACGUGAGCAACAUGUGAGCAGUGCGUCAGCUCUCCACGCCUUAUAGUACGUCAGUUUCGGUUCCUUUAUACGCCAUCGCCGCGCGGUCAUCGCCACGCUAUAUAGUACGUCAGUUUCAGUUCCUUUAUACGCCAUCACCGCGCGGUCUAUCACGAAUCAGCGCGCGUCUGCACGCUGGCAUUAACAUGAAGGCAUGAAGUGGCGUUGCAACAAAGGGCAUGCAUGCAGAUAUCAUCCAGAUGCGCUUUUCGGUGAGCUGGGUGUAUAUGAAGGAUCAAAUGCCCGUAAAAGUUAUCAAAAGCGACAAUCCAUUCCAAAAUGUGCGGGGAGGGGGGGAUGAAGUCGACCAAUGGACGUAAUUUAUCAGUGGCGAAGCCAACUCGACAAUUUGGUCAUGCUAUGCAAAUAUUUCAGUGUUGAUAGACCGUGAAAACAAUCAAAUUUUUUAAGAGAUGAAUAAUGAUGAUUUAAAAUUUAUUUUACUUUUCCUGGAACGAUAACACUCAGUCAUAGCAUAUCCAAAUUUUCGGGCUAGCUUUGCCACUCUAAUUUUAAAUUAUAUUACGAAUGUCCAAAAAGUGAGGGGGUGCGUCCAUCCCCCCCGGCAGGAUUGACACCCAUGCCAGUUGUCCUACAAAUAGUCAUGAUGACAUUUCAUUCUCUUCAGCGCAAGGUGCAUUUGAACAAGAAAGUUUGGAUGCUCACAACAAGUAUCGAGCAAUCCACAAGGUUGCCGCAAUGAAACUAAACAAGGGUAUGAAUGCAAAGGCUGCUAAAUGGGCUAAAUACAUGGCGUCGUUAGGAACAUUGAAACAUGCUGAAAGCAAGGAAAGGGAUGGGAAUGGCGAAAAUAUAUAUUACAGUUGUGGUAUGGCUGCUACUGGUGGUGGUGUUACCACUGAAUGGUGAGUAAAGGGGGCACUAUCGUAUCCCCGCUCUUCAAAAUCUUUUUUAUUAAACUCCAUGUAUUCGUGUCGCGGCUUUGCAUUUGGGAAUGAGAGUUUACAUCUGGGCAACGAGAUUUUAACCAAUCAGAGAGCGUUAUUUGCCCCCAUUAAGAAGCUUGAUCAAUUUGUCCCUCCAUUUUCCCCAUAAUAACUACUCUAUUCUUCUAUAAUCUCUAUGGGUAAAGCGUUUAAAAUUUUUUUAAAGGUACACAGACAAAGAGUCAAAGACGUUUGCCAACCUCGCAGAUACAUCUGUUAAACACCUCGAACGUCGGCGGCUUUAAGCCAGAAAAAUCCCUCGGCCGGGGCCAACCGACUUAUAGCAUGAUUGGCGAGGUUUUUCCCAAAACAACUCUUUCGCUUUUCCCAAAACAACUCAUACGUAGUGAGAACCCCAAAAUUUGGAGUGUAGUUGUUAUACGUUUAAAGCCUGGUUCACAUUGAUCGGCGAUGUUCUACGAUCCAUUGUCUGUUAGCAACGAAAAAGAAAAUGCACAAAACAUUUUAUGCAUCAAUGACCACCGACAAUGGGCAUCGCAGAUGUUUACGAUCAAUGUGAACCAGGCUUAAGCGGGAUUUUUCUUUGUCUUUUCGAAUUAAUUCCACCCGAGAAAUCACAAGGCAAAGGCACAAAGCAAAAUUCUGCUCCGCGCGCAAAAUUUCUCCUGGUGGAAAACUGGCUUAAUCAGGUCAGUUGCGGAAAAGGCAACUAUCGCCCUCUGGUAGGAAUCGAACCUGCGAUUCCGGUGCAGCGCUCUAACCAACUGACCGAGCUACAGAGAGACAGUUAUUGAGCUCUAACCAACUGACCGAGCUACAGAGAGACAGUUAUUGAGCUCUAACCAACUGACCGAGCUACAGAGAGACAGUUAUUGAGCUCUAACCAACUGACCGAGCUACAGGGAGACAGUUAUUGAGCUCUAACCAACUGACCGAGCUACAGAGAGACAGUUAUUGAGCUCUAACCAACUGACCGAGCUACAGAGAGACAGUUCUUGAGCUCUAACCAACUGACCGAGCUACAGGGAGACAGUUAUUGAGCUCUAACCCCAAGUUCAUGUAUAAAUACUAAGGUGAUACCAAUGUAUGGUGUUUGAUUAGCGACUUAUAUAGACGAAUACCGUGAUAAAAUGGGCGGUGUAAAGAAAUUUUCCGGACAUACCAUUUAAUUUACUAAAUUUCGAGUUAACGUACCGUAAUUUAUUAAAAUGUUUCGGGUUUUUUUUCGCUAAUUUAUCAAAAUUUUGGCUAUACUUUUACUUUUUAAUCGGAGACACUUGAAUAUUUCCGCUCACUACAAAAACAAUUUGCCGACAAAUCCGUUAUUUUCCCGACAAGAUAUUUUUAUGGGGGGGGGGGGUCACACCCCACACACACGCCCUAUAGCGAAGACCCUGCUCCGCACUUUUUACGUUUUAUAAUGCAGUGAAGCGAAGUUAUUAUUAUCAUAUAAAACAAAGCAAAUUAGAUUUUGUCCCAUAUUUGCUCACAAUUUGGUAACCGCCACUUAGUUAAAAACCGAACAAUUCACAGAAAAUUACAAGAUUAGAGAAGCGGAAAUGAGCAGGUUCUUGUAUUUUGACUGUAACAUGACCGGAUAUAUCAGCAAAAAUGUCAAAUAUAAACUGCGUUUCUGAAAAAAGGCACCUUGUUUACAAAUCAGGAUUUUGGACGUCUCACAAGUUGGCAUAUUGCUUAUUUGUUGGUCUUUUUUGUGUAGGUAUAAAGAGGUGUGUGACUAUGAUUUUAAUUCCGGAAAAUCAAUCAAUGGCAAGGCAGUUGGUCAUUUCACUCAAAUUGUUUGGAAAACAAGUUUGGAACUUGGCAUAGGCAGGGCUACGAAAGGUGACUGUACCUAUGUGGUAGGACGUUAUAAACCGCCUGGAAAUUGGAUGGGAAAGGAACCUCAGAAUGUUUUCAGGGGAACUUAUGAUAAAUCGUUCUGUAAAAAUCCCAAAUGGGUGCCCGGUGGUGGUGGUGGUGGUGGUGGUGGUACAGCUGCAGGCGGCCAGGGUGAUGGUGGAGGUCAGGGAGGUGGCGGUGAGGGCGGUGGAAGAGGUGGGGGAGGUACAGGUGAGGGAGGUGGAGGAGGUAUGGCGGAAGGAGGUGGGGGAGGUGGGGGUGGGGGAGGUGGGGGUGGGGGAGGUAGGGGUGGAAGUCAAGGAGGCGCUGGUAUGGGUGGAAAUCAGGGAGGUGGUUCAAGUUGGAGCACAAAAUGGGGAGGAAAUCAAGGUGGUGGUGGUGAUAACAGCUGGAGUACGAAAUGGAGAGGUGGUAAAG